AAGCUGGUCAAUCAGAACCAGUUUAGGAGGGUGGUGGAAGAAUAACUUCCAGUAUGAGGACUUUAAGCCUUCCCCAAAGACCUAAUGUUCUGGUUUAAUGCUUCAGUAAAUGCAGUACGAACAGGAAGGACGUCUUAAAGUAGAGCAACAUUAUUCCUUUUUCAACAUAAAACCUUUCAACAACAUCCUCAAUCAUAUGCCUUGGGAUGUAUCCCUGCACUGCUGGAAUUCAUGUAUUCCAGAGAAUAUUGCAGCUACCAGAGACACUUUUUAAUUUGGUGACAUAAUAUUAUUGUGCUCAGGUGUUUUAUCCAUGCCUUGGAGGUUUCCAAAGUACAAGGCUGCUUCUAGAAAGAAAAAAGAAAAACUCCACUGGCCACAGCGAGAGCUCUCCAAAAAAACAGUCUUGAGUCCUGAAGAGCACCACAUAAUCCUUAAAAAUGAGAACAACAGCAUUCAGCACCUAUCCCGGCCUGGAAUUCUUAGGAACACAUUCACCACAGGGACUAGUAGCUAUAAUGUCCUCCUGCAGAGCAAAGAGGAGAAAAGGCACCUUUUCCAAAAGCAUUCAUCAGUAUACCACAAGAGACUGCGGAAGUCCACAAAACCUACUAAUGACUCCCGGAGCAAUUACAAGAUUAAGGUCCCAGUGCCUUUAUUCAAAAAUGGAUGGGGUUGCCUCAAUAAACAACCUUCUCUUUUUUUUACAAGCACAGUACCUAGCAGUGUCAAGUUAACACGCAGCAUAUCUGUGGCAGGGAGCAGCAUAAGAUUGCAGGCUCCAUCCAAAACCAAGGCAAAAAGGCAUUCCUGUACCAGCCUCACAAAGCCAAAGCAGCUACAGAGAUCCAAAAGUUGUUUAAAAGAAGGAGACGCGACUGGACGAAAAUUCUGUAUCCUCACUGCCAUCAAGCCUUCCAAUGUGGAGAGGGAGAAGAUGAAGUUCUUCAACUCAGAUUUUACCUACAAUCCCCAAUUUGAAUAUGCAAGUUCUGGACUGUCAAAUGUGUUAGCAAAGCACAGUCACGCUUCCAACAGAUUUCUCAAGCAGGCCAUCAAAAUUAUGGAACUGACUUUGCAAAAGUAUGGAAGCUAUGAAAAUUUUGAGCAAGCCACUGGAGGCAGCCUGCUGCCCAGAAGUCGUAUCUGGAAUCACGUCAGAAAAUAUAUGGCAAAAGAAGGCUGCCUUGGCGAGAUUGUAGUUCACCUCUCUGAAGACUUGCUUUCUCGGGCCUCGAUGACAGUGGUGAAUGGCCGUCCCACUCUUACUAUCAAUAUUUCCACUGCACGUGAGCAUUGGUUGGAAGGAAUGCUGAGGCAUGAAAUAGGAACUCAUUAUCUGAGAGGCAUUAACAACAAUAGCCAACUGUGGAGCAGCUGGAAUGGGCGAAGAAAGCAUGGGUUAAAACCCAUUAACCCCACUGAGGAAGGCCUAGCAAGCAUCCACAGUGUUCUGUUUCGGAAGGAUCCUUUCUUAUGGAGGGCUGCCCUCCUCUAUUACACAGUCUAUCAGGCCAGUCAGAUGUCCUUCCGAGAGCUCUUUCAGGACAUUGGUAAAUUUGUCACAGACCCUAAUACUCGAUGGGAUUACUGUGUUCGAGCCAAGAGGGGCUGGACUGAUACUUCCCAACCAGGUUGCUUCAGUAAAGAUCAGGUCUACUUGGACGGCAUCCUCCAGAUUCUGAGAUAUCGACAUUCCAUCAAUUUUUACUUACUGACAGCUCUAGGCAAGGUCUCUUACGAAGAUGUGGAUCGUCUGAAGGAUUUAGGUAUGACUGAAAACAUGAGAGUACCACACUUUUUGCAAGACUACGGCCGGUACAUGGAACAUUUGGAAAAGAUCAUGGAAGUCAAUGAACUGUCUGAUACUGAGCUUCAGGCUCUUGUACCUUAAGCCAGCCACUCUUUUAUUCAUCUGCUCUGUGCACUAAUUUAUUUUUGAUGCCUUGCAAAAUCUAUAUUCUUUCGAUCUGCUUCUUUUAUUUUGCUUUUAAGAAAGGAAGAAACACACUUGUAGGUUCGGAAGUUGCUUACUUUCAGGUUUUUUACAAUGUCCACCCUUCUCUCAAGGUAUAUGAAAGAUGUUGUAAAUUUACAAGCUUAAAUUAUAGCUGCAACACAAGUCAUAUGUUGUAAGGAUUAUUUUGUGUUAAUUCUUCCAUAUUAUCCUUUACAGAAUUGUUUUUGAAUUGGUUCAUUUAAGGCAUGUAGCUACGUUCAUUUUAAUAUUUACCGCAGAUGUUCUCAUUUGUAAACCACAUUGACUUAUAUGUUGGAUGUGGUACUCAGCAAUAUUUCAACAGUUUUCAAAAAGUC